AUGUUAUCUUAAAAAAAGAAUAUUUCUAGUUAAUAAAUCUUUUCAUUUAAAAAUGAAAAAAUUCUUUAUCAUAUAAAGCAUCCUAAUUAAAAAUUUUUUUCAUUUAUUAUCAUGAUUUAGAUAAUGUUUAUGUAGCGGAGAAUAUAUGUACGAGGCUUAUUGAUAAAUUGGAUUUAUUAUAGAGAUUUUUAUGAAGAACUUUUAAAUACCAUUACGAACAAAUGA